AUGACCAUCAAUAAAGAUAACGAUGUUGAGUAUUUGAAACAAUUAGAAGCACAAAGGUUGGCAUUUGAAACACAAUUCGGUACGUUGGAAUCAAUGGGGUUUAAAGACAAAACUAAGGUAAGUGGGACCGCAGAUACUGAAAAUAAUGAUGACAAUAGUGACACAUGUAACGUUUCAGCAUCAGAUUCUGAGGAUAAUAGUGAUGACAAUAAAAGUGAUGAAAAAAUUCAUCCACAUAACACCAAGAGUGUGCAUAAUCCUAAAAUUAUUAAAUUUGAUCAGUUAAUGAUGGAUGACAGUCUAAAUAAACCAACUAAAAUAAGUAAGGCAGAUUUGAAGUUAUUAAAAAGUGGGAAAUCUACGAUAGAUCGAGGUACCAUUAAAAAAGGUUUUUCCAAAAAAAACCAUCGUGAUAAUGAAAGUAGAAGUGACGAUGAAAAUGAAAAUGAAAUGGAGAACUUGCGUAACGAUAUAGAAUUGCAAAACUUCAUCAAAGAAUCGCAUUUGUUAUCGGCAUUUAGUAACAGGGGUGGCAAUGGUGUCAACAGUUUUAGAGAUGACGAGAUAACGGGUAAAGUAAGAAUGAAAACAUUAGAACAAAGGUUGAAAACCAUACAGGACAAUAACCAUAACGUAUCCAAUAGGUAUAAAUCCAAAAGCAAUACCUUGGAAAGUAUGCCAAUGAAUGUCAGAAAGGGAAUGGUUAAAAAGCACUUGGAUAGAAUAGACAAAUACGAGAAAUUUGCCAAGGAAAACGGUAUUGUAUUAAGCAAGAAUGGUAAAAAGGAUGGAUUUAGAAAAAUUGAUACUACUUAUAAAAAAGAUAUUCAAAAACGUAUUGGUUCGGGAUCGAACAGGAAUAUAGGUGGCAGUAAUCGUAGAACAUCUUUGAAAAUCAAUAGUGUUGGUAAAAGUACUAGAAACGGAUUGAUUUUAAGUAAAGCUGAAAUAAGAAAAAUAAAUGGUGGAGAUAAAUUCAGUAACGGCGGUUCUGUUAAGAGGUCCAACAGAAAGAGGUGA